AAUGGUCGCGCGCGUUCUGUAUAAACUUACAUCAUAAUCGACGGAAUCUAUUGCGAAUUUCCUGCCAGCGCCUUGUUAUGUAGAUAAACAACAUUUAACCCAAUUGUAUUUUUGAUAGUAAAAUGCUCUGCUGCCCACGUAUGUGGCAGAAGUUGCCCGAGGUGGCUCAUUUUAAGGCAUCUACCUUGUCAUAAAGCACCUCACAGACUUCUACGGAGAUGUCUGAGUCUGGUGAGGAAUCCCCAAAGAAGAAGCAGGGUGAUGCAAAGAAAACCUUCAGUAGGAGGACCAAGACAACUCCGUCAGUAUCUGCGACAACUUCAGAAAGCACCUCACAGACGUCUACGGAGAUGUGCAAGUCUGUUGAGGAAUCCCGAAAGCAGGCCUUCUGGAGAAGAGAGAAAAUCGAAGUGCAUCCUGCAGCAAUUACAGAAUGCAGCUCAGAAUCUUCAGAAGAGACCCCACAACUUGUCCCAAUGAGACUGUUCGCGGGGUCCAGCCAAGUGAAAAACCUGAAGGGAAACACAAAGACCCAAAGCAGCGGCACUGAGAAAAGAGCAGAAAGGAAGGUGAUCAGGGUGAAGCCAGCCCCAACACCUCCAGAGAUGAAAAGUAAAGGGGUGAAAGAGGCCGAGGCACAGGUAGGUUUACCAGACUUAAAUAUGAUCUCUGCAAUGAAAGCAGAAAUGAAGGACACAACAUCUCAUGGACAAGCUAAGAAGACUGCUGCAAAUAAGGAGAUCUCAAAUGAGCUUAAUGUGACAAAAGCAAAAGCGACGAUGGACAAUGUGAGGCCAAGCUCUAUUCUCCCGACAAUCACAGAGGAAAAAAAGCCAAAAAUUUUGUUAGAAAGCUUAUUCCAGACCAGUGAAAUAAGUAAUGUAAUGGAGGAUGGGCAAAAUAUGAAGCUGCAUAACCAAGCAUGGAAGGAGGAAAGAAAGCAAAUGAACCCAAACUACUGGGAGAACAGAAUGAAAAAGGUCAUCCAGGAUCUGAACGAAUUGGCCGUUUCUUCUGAUGCACAAACGAAGAAAAGUGAACCCGAUUCAUAUGAAUUCAGUUCCAAUAUGAUGCCAAAAAAGAAGAAAAGGCGCUCAAUGAAAACUCACUCUAAUGCAAAGAGCGAGAGUCCAGAUGUUUCUGAACUAAACAGUGUUCAUUUUUGCAUCCCAUUGCAUCAAAUGAUCCCUGGCGGGUUGCCUAAUUUUGGUAGCAGCUGCUACAUUAAUGCAAGUCUGCAGUGUCUGCUCACAGCUGAUGCUUUCUGCAAAGAGCUCGCCUGCCUGCUGGACAAUUCUAACCAGAACAGAGAUGACACAUUCCUCAGAUGUUUUGUUGAAUUGUGGAGGGUGAGAAAGGGCUUUCAAGCUCAAUAUGGAAUGGAUAAACUCCUUAUAGACCUCAUUAAUUCAGCUGCAGACAACAACCCUGAAUUCACUGUCAACAAGCAGAAUGAUGCCCAUGAAUUCCUCUGCUACUGUUUGACCCAAAUUGAGGAGUCUGGGCGAAUGCAGGAUUUGCAAGAGGAUGGAAGCCCAGUCAAGAACAAUUUCUCGUUCAAGAUGAGGAACAUCAUAACAUGCUCCAGCUGUGGAUCUCAGAAGAAAAAUGAAGUGGAAGUGUUUAAUCACCUCUCCCUGCCUCUAGUACACCACUCUGUGGACGAGUGCCUCUACCAAACAGUUAAUAAAACAACAGAGGUAGAGCGCAAGUGCACUAGGUGUGGAGCAGAACAUGCCAGCUCAAGCUGGAUGUUCCACACUCUGCCCAGGUUUCUGAUUAUUCAGCUGAACAGGUUCAAAAUGCAUAAAUGUCACAUAGUCCUCAAGCUGAAUAAUCCAAUGGACAUCCAACCUGAGCUGCAGAUAGGAAACUGCCUUCCUCAAUCAGACACACCCAGAUCAAAGAACAACAAAGCUGAGGCCAGAGAGAAAGGCAGAAAAAACACGAGCGAGAGAGAGACAGAAACAGUGACGGAUGAAGUUGGACCAACCUCCACGUAUCAGCUGAUCAGUGUUCUGAGCCAUGUGGGACUCUCAGCUGAAUAUGGACAUUAUCUGUGUGAUUGUUCCAGUGGCAGGCCUGAAGAGUGGAUAACCUACAAUGACCAUCUGGUUACUGCAAUCACAGAGGAGGAUGUUUUAAGGUACAGGUCGUCUGACGCCUACGUGCUCCUCUAUGAGAGACUGAGCACUGGAUGAAGUCAGAAAUCUGGAAGAUGUGGCUGGGCUUGGAAAGGUGUUGGCACAAGUAAGAGGAUGUGGCAACGAGCAGGGAUGAUGCAGAAGGGGGAUUACAGAGCACUUUCUAGCAAACAAGCACCUCUGGCAAUAACCCUUGUGGCCUAGUGGAGUAAUCAUUGUGAGUUAACUAUGGAGAGCAGAUCAUGUUAUCAAUUCUCGGUGCAGCUCGGUAACUGCCAAGUAGCAGUACAGGAGGUGGUCCUGAACUCUAAUGUUUCUUGUACAGAGGCCAUGUAUGAUCUAACAUCACAAUCCAGUGUAUCAAAGAAGAUCAGCUUUUUCCUCGUCUCUGGCUUGCUCAUUAAGGAUUUAAAUCUAUUUCCGAACCUAUUUGAUGAACUGAGAUGAUGUUAUUAAAAUCUUGUGUUUUGCUUUAAGCCUAUUUUAAGUCUUAAGCAAAAAUUAAGCUUUUGCCGUCUAUCUUAACAGCCGCAUUUCAUAGAUAAAAAAAGAUGAUACAUUUCACACAAGCUCAUAAGACUAUUCAUUUGAACCAUGGUUACAUCUGAAACUAGCAUUCAUAGUUUUAAUUUGAAAAGCUAAAUUCUUUCUAUUACUAUAUAAUACAUAAUAUUUCGAUUCAAUCCAAAUUUAAUUGCAUACUGUAGCACUUUUAUCAAUGCAUUGUCUCAAAGCAGCUUUACAUAAACAUAAACAUAAAACAAAAGGUUGAUAUGAAGAUUAAUAUUAGAUAUACGUUAAUAUUUAUACAUCUAUUCACCAGUGAACAUGGAACACCUGUAACCAUCUUGGACUUUUAUGCAGAACAAUCUUUAGAGCUUACACAGAAUGGUGCAAAAGCAAAGCAAAAUAAAUAGAUAAAUCAUUUUGAAAAAGCAUCUCAGAAACGUGGCAAUUAUUUAAAAAUAAUUAUUUAAAGCACAAUUUAUAAUCGAUAAAUUGUGCCAUAACGUUCAACAAUCCUGUGUUUAUGUUUAGAAUCAAUUAUAUAUGAACAUUUCAUAGCUUUUAUUUUAUCAUUUCUUUUUGAAUUACAGGAAUAUGCAGCCUUGAUGUAAUUUCAUGGAGGAAAUCAAUGCAAUAUGUGCAAUAUGUUCUGCAACUAAACUCGUGUGUGUGUGUGUGUGUGUGUGUGUGUGUGUGUGUGUGUGUGUGUGUGUGUGUGUGUGUAUGUAUGUAUAUAUAUAUAAAACCACAGUAUAUAUUUACCCUUAUUCAGUUAU